CAAGCCUGACUUUUAUGCUACUCUUAUGCUAUACUGAAAUAUGGUCAUUUGUUGUGCAUUAUCAAGGUCUACCAGGUCCAGAAGGUCCCCGAGGUCUCCCUGGAAAUGGAGGUACUAAAGGAGAGAAGGGAAACCCAGGCCCACCUGGGCAACCUGGCUUGCCUGGUUUGAAAGGAGAUCAAGGACCACCAGGACUCCCGGGAAAUCCUGGUCGACCAGGUCUCAAUGGAAUGAAAGGAGAUCCUGGUCUCCCUGGUGUUCCAGGAUUUCCAGGCAUGAAAGGACCCAGUGGAGUACCUGGUUCAACUGGCCCUGAGGGGGAACCAGGACUUAUUGGACCCCCAGGUCCUCCUGGCUUACCUGGUCCUUCAGGACAGAGUAUUAUAAUCAAAGGAGAUUCUGGUCCUCCAGGGAUCCCUGGCCAGCCUGGGUUAAAAGGUCCACCAGGACUCCCAGGACCUCAAGGCUUACCAGGUCCAAUUGGUCCUCCGGGAGAUCCUGGACGCAACGGACUCCCUGGCUUUGAUGGUGCAGGAGGGCGCAAAGGAGACCCAGGUCUGCCAGGCCAGCCAGGUACCCGUGGUCUGGAUGGUCCCCCUGGGCCAGAUGGGUUGCAAGGUCCUCCAGGUCCCCCUGGAACCUCCUCUGUUACCCAUGGAUUUCUUAUCACACGCCACAGUCAGACAACAGAUGCACCACAAUGCCCGCAAGGAACAGUCCAGAUCUAUGAAGGAUUUUCUCUUCUGUAUGUACAAGGAAAUAAAAGAGCCCACGGUCAAGACUUGGGUACGGCUGGCAGCUGCCUUCGUCGGUUUAGUACCAUGCCUUUCAUGUUCUGCAACAUCAAUAAUGUUUGCAACUUUGCUUCAAGAAAUGACUAUUCUUACUGGCUGUCUACCCCGGAGCCCAUGUCAAUGAGCAUGGAACCCCUAAAGGGCCAGAGCAUCCAGCCAUUCAUUAGUCGAUGUGCAGUAUGUGAAGCUCCAGCUGUGGUGAUUGCAGUUCAUAGUCAGACCAUCCAGAUUCCCCGUUGUCCUCAGGGAUGGGAUUCUUUGUGGAUUGGCUAUUCCUUCAUGAUGCAUACAAGUGCAGGGGCAGAGGGCUCAGGUCAAGCACUGGCCUCACCUGGUUCCUGCUUGGAAGAGUUUCGUUCAGCUCCCUUCAUCGAAUGUCACGGACGGGGUACCUGUAACUACUAUGCCAACUCCUACAGCUUUUGGCUGGCAACUGUAGAUGUAUCAGACAUGUUUAGUAAACCUCAGUCAGAAACGCUGAAAGCAGGAGACUUGAGGACACGUAUAAGCCGAUGUCAAGUGUGCAUGAAGAGGACAUAGCAUUUUGAAAAAUUCCUUGCGUGUUUUAAAAUGUGAUAUAUAUAUAAAAUUCCCAAGAUGCAAUGUCUCAUUCUCCCCAUCUUAACCACUGCUGUCACCAAUGGUGCUACUAUAUAUGACCAAGAGGACACACUGACUAGUAACCACGAAGAUUCAGAUGUACCUCAGCAAUGUGCCAGAGCAAGGGCUUUGUUAUUUUUCUAUGAAAGAAAUAAGGAAAUGAAUUUACUUUUGGGGUCCAGAAUGACUUUCUCCAAGAGCUAUAAGAUGAAGAUUAUAUAUUUUGCCUUGUUACUAAAAUGGCACAUUAAAAAUUCAAUUAAGAGGAGAAUCAUAUUGAAUAAAAUAAAAGACUGCAGCUUGGGGGAAGAAUUAUUUUUCAUGGUGCUACUAAUCCUACUGUAUCCCAGGUUUUUAAUAUAAAGUGUUAAGCUUAUUUUGCUCUGUAAGUAAAGAACGUGUAUAUUGUGUAAACA